UCGAGGAGACCAUGGCGAUACCCAGGACGUUCUGACGGGCUAUCAGAAAAAUAGCCCUCGAAAAACGGAUCAACGCCCCAUAUAAACGACACUAGACUUGGACACUGUGAGACAUAAAAAUGGGGUCCCGUAUCAAGGACAACCCUGAGGCCACUUUCGAGGUGUACCUGGAGGUGACCCAUCCUGGAACCACUGGCUCUGAUCCGGAGGUGCGGAGGCGAUUCCCCGAGGACUACAUCGACCAGGAAACUCUUCAGACAGUCCCCAAGUUCUGCUUCCCCUUCAGUGUGGACAGUCUGUCGGUGAGCCAAGUGGGCCAGAACUUCACCUUUGUUCUGACGGACAUCGAGAGCAAGCAGCGCUUUGGCUUCUGCCGCCUCUCCUCGGGGGCCCACAGCUGCUACUGCAUCCUCAGCUAUCUGCCCUGGUUUGAGGUAUUCUACAAGCUGCUCAAUAUCCUCGCUGACUACACAAUCAAAGGCCAGGAGAGUCAGUGGCGAGAGCUGCUGGAGUCACUCCAUACACUCCCCAUCCCUGAUCCUGGAGUGCCAGUCCAUCUUAGCGUGCAUUCCUACUUUACUGUGCCUGACACAAGGGAAUUACCCAGCAUACCUGAAAACAGAAACCUAACAGAGUAUUUUGUAGCCGUAGAUGUCAAUAACAUGCUCCAUCUGUACGCUAGUAUGCUUUAUGAGCGUCGAAUCCUCAUCUGCUGUAGCAAACUAAGCACCUUAACGGCUUGUGUUCACGGGUCGGCGGCCAUGAUGUACCCAAUGUAUUGGCAACACGUUUACAUUCCUGUCCUGCCUCAGCACCUCAUAGACUACUGCUGUGCGCCCAUGCCCUACCUCAUUGGAGUACAUUCCAGCCUAAUGGAGAAGGUGAGGGGGAUGGCCCUGGAUGACGUAGUGGUCCUCAACGUAGACACCAACACCCUAGAAACACCCUUUGAUGACCUCCAAAGCCUGCCCAACGACGUGGUGUCAUCCUUAAAGAAUCGCCUGAAGAAGGUUUCCACGACGACAGGAGAUGGCGUGGCCCGAGCUUUCCUCAAGACACAGGCCGCUCUCUUCGGCUGCUACAGGAACGCGCUGCAGAUCCAACCGGGAGAGCCAAUAACGUUCAGUGAGGAGGUCUUUGUGACCCACCGCUCCAGUGCCAUGAGACAGUUCCUACAGAACGCCAUCCAGCUGCAGCUCUUCAAACAGUUCAUUGAUGGCCGCUUGGACCUGCUGAACGCUGGUGAGGGCUUCAGUGAUGUUUUCGAGGAUGAGAUCAACAUGGGAGAGUAUGCAGGCAGCGACAAAAACUACCACCAGUGGCUAUUCACAGUAAAGAAAGGGGGCGGUGCUAUCUUUAACACAGUGAGGACCAAGGCUAACCCGGCCAUGAAAACUGUCUAUAAGUUUGCUAAAGAUCAUGCCAGGAUGGGGAUAAAGGAAGUCAAGAGCCGACUAAAACAAAAGGAGCUGGCAGAGAAUGGCUACUCCUCGACAGUGGGCACUGGUGGCACAGGAACGGGCACCGGGGAGGAGGGCACCACUGCCGGGUCGCCCACCUCCACAGACGGAAAGGACAGCAGCGCCCGAACCUGGGACGAACGGCGUCCUAUCACUGUGCACUUUGGACAGCCCCUCCGAGAGCCUCCCCCUCGGCCCCCUCCUCCCAGGCUCCAAUGCGGCAACGCGCGGCCCGCCCGUCCACCUAGGCCUCAGGUGGCCAAGAGACCUCGCAGCAACGUGGGCCUGGAGAGUAGCCCUGAACAUGGUGGCCGUCCCACACGUCACUACACAGUCUUUCUGUCCGAGGACUCAUCAGGCGACGAGCUGCAGCACGAAGACCACUCCAUUGCCAGCUUCCCCGAGAACUUUCUCUUCUCUGCCCCCUUCGAAUGGUCACCCCUGCCGCCUCCUUACCGCUCCCUGAAAGAGGCGGAGGAGGGGGAGGAGCCCAUCAGCGGCCCCUCCUACACAGCCCCGCCCAGCCCAGUGAUGGAGAAGUUUGCUGAUAUCAACCUGCUGGGGAACAUGUUCAGCUGCUUGGACGAGCCUGAGGGACAGCAACUCAGCCUGGCCAAGAGCCUGGAGGACCUCCGCACACCCAAAGACCCCCAGGAGCAGCAGAAAUUAAUCUACCAGCGGAUGGACCUGAGUGGCACCCUUCCAGGCCUCAAGCACUCCAACCCCUACAACAAGAUGUGGAGCAUGCAUGGGCAGGAUGAUAUGGCCAUGUCCGGCCGGGUGUCUCCGAAUUGGGACCGACCCCUGUCCGUCCCCCCCCCUGACCUGGAAGAGCUGCGGCCCCCUAGCCGAGAGAGCUUCGGUCCCGGGGUCCUCGAGCGGCCGGAUCUCUUCACCACCCCCAGCCAAGGGGAGUGCAUCACCAUCCCCCGCCCCCAGGGGAGGAAAACCCCAGAGCCAGGUAAGGUCUUGGGUCCGCCACCAGUGCCCCAGCCCCGGACCAAGCCGGGGGUAGUGGGGGAUGGUGGGACCACUACAGCAGGGGGGCAGGAGUUCCGGCAGGCCCUUGGGAUGGGGGGCGACCUGAUGCUGCAGCCCACCAAGAUGGACUUCAAUGACGGGGAGGAUGUGGACCUGCUCAGCCUCCUGGACCCCCUGAACAACCCGGCCCAGACCACCACCACCCCAGCCUUGGCAGGGGAAGGAGCAGACUCACGGUCCUGUGCCGAACCUCCAACCUCCAGGCCUGUUCUCCCGCCACGUCCCUACCCUCAGAGCCUGCCCCCCUUCCACCAACACAUGCCCCUGAACCCCUUCACCCCGCCCCUCGGCUACUCCACCCACAGACACUACUCGCCCACCGUAGCGGGGAAUCCCUUCGGCGGCCAUGCCUACGGGCCUCCCACCUCCACCUAUUUCCAUGCCUCCCCCCAUGGUCACCCUCCUCACCCUCUUUCUACAAUGCUGGGGCUCUACAGACUGUCCUCCCCCGUGGGGUCUACCCUCCCUCCUGGUAUGGGAUCCAUGCGGUCUGCCUUCCCCAAUCAUGGCGGUCCUCCCCCCACCUCAGGCAGCCACCAUGCUCUCUCUAACCUGUUGGACUCCCCCUCGGUCCCCACCCCUAGCCUCGCCACUAGGGUACUGCCAAAGCCUCCCAACACUGCAGAGGACUCCAACGAGACUCAGGAUCCCUUUGGGGACCUACUGGCCAUGGCUAAGCCGGCCGCUGCACCACCUAAAAAGAAGGUGGAGGGCCUUCGGGGGAAGUGGGAGACUUUUGACUAACCCCCCUUUCCUUACUUUCCACGUGUGGGCGUUAUCUUAUUCACCUCUUCCCUGCACCAGCUUAUGCUGCUGACCAAUGAGUAACAGAGUCUGUGUGUCAGGCGACCAAUCAAGAGGCUGGGUUCCAAGCUGUCCCCUCUCCCCCGUCUCCCCCUCUGCUAAAUGUCGGGGUUCACACCUCACUCUUUCUCUCUCUCCCCCUCAUCUCUCCGUCUCUCUCUGUCUCUGUUUCUCUCUCUCUCUGUCUCUCUCUGUCUCUGUUUCUCUCUCUCCCCGUCUCUCUCUAUGUCUCUCUCUGUUUCUCUCUCUCCUCUCUCUCUGUCUCUCUCUGUCUCUCCCUUUCUAUGUUUCUCUCUCUCUCUAUCCGUCUCUGUCUCUCUCUCUCUCUCCGUCUCUCUCUGUCUCUCCCUCUCUCUCUAUGUCUCCCUCUCUUUGUCUCUCUCUCUCUCCCCCUCUCUCUGUCUCUGUUUCUCUCUCUCCGUCUCUCUCUCUUUCUCCCUCUCUCUCUGUCUCCCUCUCUCUCUGUCUCUCUCUCCCCCUCCUCUCUCCCUCUCUCUGGUUCUAUGUUUCUCUCUCUCCCUCUCUCUGGUUCUAUGUUUCUCUCUCUCCCUCCUCUCUCUCCUCUCUCUAUGUCUCUCUCUCCCCUCUCUCUCCUCUCUCCUCUCUCUCGUCCUUCAGUCUGGAAUGGGACUGUCAACCCGGCCUUGCUUCUUUCAGUACGCUGUAUAUGCCAACCAUGCACAGCCCAUGCUAGCACGCUCUUGCACAGUAUCCCUUGGUGUUAGCUGUGUGUGUUCAAUGCCUUCACUUAGACGUUAGCUUAGCUCAAACUGGAAGGCGUGUGGCCUCUAAAACACAUCUUGACUCUAUCCUGGGACCCGGCACCAAAAGGCCAUCAUGUCUGAGAAACUGUCAGAGCCGUGUCUGUUGCUACGAUGGUAAUGCUAAUCAUUAGAGUAGCUAGUAGUUUGUGGAUUUCCCAGCUUAGCGGUGUUCUAGUCCGAUCUGUGGCACAUCACUAACAUGCAGUCCGUCCACCCUCAAUGUGUUCAGCGGCGUCAUGUUUGUAGAGGAAACUCUCGAAUGAUACAUGAUUUUGUUUGCCUGGACUAACUAAUGGACCGUUGUCAUUGACUGAAGCAAAUCCACCAGAACAUUUUGACUGAACGGGGUUGUUUGUGGACCUUGGUUUACGUUAUGCCGGUUACAGCAAUCUUUCAGGUGAAACUUUUGCUAAUUCAUUUGUCAAACUUUAAGAUGCCAUGAUUGUAAAUUCCUAUGUAGUAGGAGAGGACUAUAGAACAACCAUGUUGCACCAAUCAUGUUUGCUAUUUAAACUCAUCCCAUGUAUUCCCUAACCCUUUGUUGAUUUUGGCCUUAUUCUAAGUGUUAUCAUGUUUUCUGUGUCUGAGGACAGUGAUCAUCUACUACUGAGUCACUGGCUGCUUGCUCAGUGUGCUGCUACUAUGUGUGCAAGAGUGUAAAGUAUGUACUGACAAAAUGGCUACCGUUGUCAGUUGCGAUUGCAACGGAUUGCCAGUGCGCUUCCGUUUGGAUCCGAAAUGACUCAAAUCAGGACCUAGACCAAGAACUAAGAUGACACUAGUCUGUGACACUAUAGGACGUUUGUCCCGACAACUGCUACAAAUAAACCCCCACCGCCUUGUGGGUAAUCACAUUCAUGGAGUCAUGUUGGGGCUAACAUUUGGGAGAACUCCUACAUGCUAAUGCUAAAGGCUAACAGUGUGGUGGAAGAUACAGUAAGGCUGUGGAGCAAAAUCAUGUCAAAUGAUGUCUGUGGAAAAUUUAAUUGGAACACAUCUUGGUCCUUGCUUUGUAUGUAGAGGGAACAAAAUAGAAUGUACAGUGUAUGAUUGAUUAAAGAGAUAUCAAGUACUGUGUCGGCUAAUACUAGAAACAUUAAGUCAAGUUUCAUCUUUUGGAACUCCUCCUCAGAGUUAGCGCUUUUCUCCUCUCUGGUCACAACAGCAUAUGGAGAACGGGACUAAUGAGUUAGCAAGAACUUCAGUGACAUUUAAGUCUUUCUUAGUCCAUCCUGAAAUGGUUUGCAAAAUAUUUCCCCCAGUUUUAGACGAUGAUUCACCUAUACUACAAUAUGCAUUUAUAAUAUGGAACUUUUUAAUUGAUUUUGUCAAAAAGGUUUGCAAAAUAAAGCCAAAAUACAGACUUUUCUCUGAA